UGAUACCUCUACAUAAAAAACCUGUCUCUUGCCAACAUCUUCCGAACAGCUUAUUAAAAAUAUCUCACCCGCCCACUCAACAUGCCUUCUCUUGCUUCCGCUCGCUACGGCAAGGACAAUGUCCGCGUCUACAAGGUGCAGAAAGAUGAGACGACAGGCGUCCAAACCGUGACAGAAAUGACCGUGUGCUGCCUUCUCGAGGGUGCCAUUGAGACCUCAUACACAGAGGCUGACAACAGCGUCGUCGUGGCCACCGACUCGAUCAAGAACACCAUCUACAUCAAGGCCAAGGAGCACCCCGUGAACCCGCCUGAGCUGUAUGCCAGCUACCUGGGGCAGCACUUUAUUGACCGGUACCCGCACAUCUCGACGGCCCACAUUAAGGUCGUGGUGCACCGGUGGACGCGCAUGACGGUGGACGGCGCGCCGCAUCCCCACAGCUUCUUCCGCGACGGCCAGGAGACGCGGAACGUGGAGGCGACGGUGAGCCGUGCCGGCGGCAUCGAGCUCAAGAGCGGCAUCGUCGGCCUGACGGUGCUCAAGAGCACCGGGUCCGCCUUCCACAGCUUCGUGCGCGACGAGUACACGACGCUGCCCGAGACGUGGGACCGCAUCCUGUCGACCGACGUCGACUGCGCCUGGGCGUGGAAGCCAUUCGCCGGCACGGCCGCCGUCUUGGCUAGCGUCGAGCGCUUCGACCAGGCCUGGGAGAGCGCCCGCGACAUCACCAUGAAGACGUUUGCCCUCGACGAGAGCGCCUCGGUCCAGAACACCAUGUACAAGAUGUGCGAGCAGAUCCUUGAGGCCGUCCCCGAGUCCGAGUCGGCUUCGUACUCGCUGCCGAACAAGCACUACUUUGAAGUUGAUCUGAGCUGGCACAAGGGCCUCAAGAACACGGGCAAGGAUGCCGAGGUAUACGCGCCUCAGUCGGGCCCCAACGGCCUGAUCAAGUGCGAGGUUGUCCGUUCGUGAGACAAGCCGGGGGCAUUCACGGGUUUAAAACAAUCGUAAUUAGGGGGGACUCCUAUACUUGUCCAUGACCACGGCG